AAUUUCAAUUCAAGAUCGUUUACAGAGCUGGAAAGACUCAACAGCACGUGGACAUCUUCACUCGAUAUAUCGAGUUCAGCCCACCGGACGAGCAAAUUCACGCAAGAUAG